UGGCAUUGUAUGGUUCAGUCUACUGAUUUGAGCUCCAAGAUACUUCUACAUUGCCUAAAUUUAUUCAGUGAAUCCUAAUGUUGGAAUGGCCGCUAAAGAGCAAAAUCAAGAGCUCACUAUUGACAAUCUGAAAACAGAAAUGAAAGUGACUGAUGAGCAGCUCAAUACAACAAUAAAGGAACCAGAUCUACCUGAGUUAGCUGCAUGUUUUGACAAUGUUCACAAUGGCUAUCUUGAAAAACUGGAGCUCUUACCUGGAGAACAAACUGAUGUGAGGACUAGAGCCUAUGUAGAUGGCACUCUGGCAGGAAUGUUGCUGGCUCUGAAAUGUUGGAUACUGACCAAAGGCCUAGAAGCCACCUUUCGAGCUCUACUACUCAUCUCACUCUCUCUACUCAAAGAAAAUGUUGCUGUUCGAGUGUGCAAGUACUUGUUUGACAAAUUCUCCAUUUCGAGUCCCCCCUCCCGAGAGAGGGUCCUGCUGAACCACAAGCUGUCCUCGUACAGAGACUACCUACAAAGUCGCUACAGAGCACAAAUAUCCACAUCAGCCACACAAUGGCCUCCCGUCCCAACAAAGAAAGUGUUCAAACUAGCCAUGAUUCAGAAGGAGAAAAUACAGAGAGGAAGAAUCGAUGAGGAAUUUUUUAGACUAUCAAUCACAGGAAAAAUUGAUGAUAUUUUACUUAAAAAAACUCCAGUCAACUUGUUAAACAUUUUCUCUGAGAUUGGGGAUAGACGAAAGUUUGUGUUAAUUGAAGGAGCUCCCGGCUCUGGCAAGAGCACCCUUGCUCUACAUAUUUGUCAGGAGUGGGCAAAGGGGAAACUGUUCCAAGAGUUCGAUAUUGCAAUCCUCGUGAGACUGAGAGAUCCACUUGUCAAAGAAGCCAUUACAAUUUCUGACUUACUUCCUUGCACAAACAAAGCGAUGGCUAAUGAAACAGACACUGCAAUUAUGUCACUGUAUGGCAAAGGUGUACUGUGGGUGCUGGACGGAUGGGACGAGCUUCCUUCUGACCUCCCUAGAGACUCCAUCAUCAAUAAACUAAUCCGACCAUACAUGUCACGAGAAAGUCCGCUACACGAAUCAGCUGUGAUUGUAACAUCUCGACCAUCAUCUUCGGCUGAACUCCACCCACUAGUAUCGUCCAGAGUGGAGGUGUUGGGGUUCACUCCACAUCAACUAGAGCAGUACUUCACCGAGUGUCUGCAAGGUGACUUACAAGCUGUGCAGACUCUACUGGAGAGAAUUCGAGAGAACCCAAUGGUAGAAAGCAGCUGUUACCUCCCCCUCAAUGCUUCCAUUGUCGUUAAUUGCUUUCUUUCUGAUAACCACUCACUCCCCACAUCCAACCACGGGAUAUUCAAAUCAGUUGUCCAGAGUUCUCUCAAGAGAUACCUCCAGGAUAAGUUAGGGAAGACCACUCCAGUGGGAGACAUCACAUCCCCAGACUCCCUGCCCUCAGAAAUCAGAACACAGUCCAUACAAAUGUGUCAACUUGCAUUUCAUGGGAUUGAAGAAAACAAAGUGACAUUUACUGAUACAAAUUUGGCAACUCUUUCCAUUCCGAAGGACAUUUCAAACAUUGGAUUAUUACAAACUGUUUCCAGUAUCACUAGCGAUGGUCAUCUGGUUUACUACUGCUUUCUCCACCUGUCUAUUCAAGAGCUACUAGCAGCAGUCCACAUCUCUCUUAUGUCUCCCAAGCAACAAAUUUAUGUCUUCCAAAAGCUAUUCGACAAUCCUCGAUUCAGUGCAGUCUUCCAGUUUUAUGCUGGCAUCACCAAACUGAGAACUAGUAGACCAAUUCUCAGCAUGUUACCUCGAUUCCUGUGUCCGUUUCCGAUCUCUAUUUUCGAUCUGCUUCAAAACAUUGUCAAGAGUGAGAAAGAGAAGAAGAGCUAUGAGCCGAAGAUCCUUUUGUUGUCCCUCAUUAAUUGUUUGUACGAAGCUGAAGACUCGUCACUGUGUGCAUUUGUGGCUAAUCUUCUUAAUCACUAUCUAGAUCUUGAUAACACUACAAUGAAUCCUAUCAACUGCCUCUGUGUUGGAUACUUUGCAUCAUAUUUCGCAUCAGUUUGUGACAAUACCUGCAAAGAAUUCACACUGCGCCUAAGAAGUUGCUAUAUUGAUGAUCAAGGCUGCAAAUUUCUGGCCCAAGGACUCUGCAAGUGUUCAUACUCUCGAUCCAAGAUUACUCUUUACCUUCAUAAUAAUUAUAUUCGUGAAGAAGGGAUACGUCACAUCGCUGAGGUGAUUGAGAGUACUAGUUUAAUAUCUAAAUUGAUUUUGUCUAACAAUUCCAUUGGUAACAGUGGACUUAGCACACUCUGUGAGGCCUUGUCAACCAACACAUCAUUAAAGAAUCUCAUUCUCUAUGACUGCUCACUAUCUCUCAACGAUCACGGUGCAAUCCCUCGACUACUGAGCACAAACAACACUACUCUUGAACACCUUAGUUUAUCACGCAAUGUUAUUGGUAACACUGAGCUCAAGAAUCUUUGUGAGGCCUUGUGGACUAACACAUCAUUAAAGAGACUGGACCUGGAAUGUUGCUCACUAACAAUAUCAGACGACAAUGGAGCUGUCCUCUAUCAACUUUUGAAUCAUAACAAUUCCCUCGAACAUCUUAAUUUGUCUAGUAACACAGUGACUAGCUGUCGUCACAUUGCUGCUGGACUUGCUGUCAAUAAGACUCUGAGAACAUUGAACUUGGGUUACUGUAAACUGACUGAUCAGAGUAUUGAGGAGCUAUCAGCUAAACUGAUUAAUAAGCUUAAAACACUGUACAUUUGGGGCAAUGACACCAUAACAAAAGAUGGAAUGAAGACGCUUGCCAGACAUCUAACCACCCACUGCUCUGAACUGACAAAAUUGUUGAUACCCAGCCGUCUAAUAUCCUGUAUUAACACAGUAUUCUGGGACGCUAACAAAGAGAGGAAGAGAAAUGGACUACCUGAGAUAAAUGUAGGUACAUGAGAUCAGUCUAAUCUCGACCAUUAUUAUUUGUUUUAAUUGACAAUUGAUUUUUCCUAUAAUUACAAUAUUCCAUUAAUACUUGAGUGACAAUGUAACUGACCAGAGAAAGUAGCGUACAGAAUCGAAGUGUAUUAGUUGCUAAAAAUCAGGUCAGCAAAUGAAUAAUCUACUUGGUCAAUAAACAGCACAGCAAUGAUGAUGAAUACGCAGGUGUGUAAUGUACGAAACAUUGAACACUCUAGUCCUAUUGUGAUAGACAAUUUCAACAGCCAUGCACGGUCAAUAAAUUAUAAUACCUUAUAGCAGGUUAAUUUGAAAAGGAAAAGGAUUGAAAACGACCGGGCUUCUAUGUGUAAACGGUUGAAACACUCCGCAUUAUGAACACUAAGUAGAGCCAUAGGUAGAGCAGAGCUAGAUUGAUACAUGGAACAGUAGGCUUACCAUACAUCCACACUUGAUUGGGGUACAUUAUGCUUUUUACCCAUUAUUGUUUAGACUACUUGUGAAAGAACGCUGGCUAAACUUGCGGCGUUCUACUUUUGUAGGCUAGAGUACACAUUGCAUUGUGAUGUUAUAACUUUUUCGUGUGCUGAAAGGGUGGCAAAAGUUUAGCUGUGUUAAAAGUUAGCUGUGUUUUUCUCAGAAAACUUAGGGAGAGAGACAACUCCAAGUACCACAUUCAGUUGUCCAUAGCUAUCCGGUGCAUGCUCAUUGUGUUUGCUGUGGGUAUUGAGCGUAUCGAGGUGUACGGAGGCUGUGUGUUUGUGUCCAUCCUCAUCCACUACUUCACUCUGGUGGCUGUCAUGUGGAUGGGGGCAGAGGCCUUGCUUAUGUUCCAGAAACUAGUCAUAAUAAUAGUCUUUAUGAAUAUCACGACCAGUCAUUUUGUCUCUAGUUUGUUG